UAUCAUGACAAUCUGAAAAUGGCGGAUGAAAGCGGAUUGAUUUAACUUUAUCGUACAAAAAUAAGAAUAUCAAGUAAAGAACGACACCGUUACACAGGAUGAAUUUUCAGCCCAACGGAAAUUUUUGAGGCUGUUUCCACAGAGCGACUCGACACUAUCGGCAGAAAGCGAAAGUAGAAGACUAGAGCAUGGAAGAGGAGAGUUCCCGUUAUAGCAAACGCCUGCGGACUGGCACGCGACGGCGUUAUCAAGAUGAUGGCAUUUCAGACGAUGAAAUCGAAGGGAAGCGGUCCUUUGACCUCGAAGAGAAACUCCAUAGUGACCGAUACAACUCUGAACUGGUCAAAAUUAUGGAAGGGAAAGACUUCACCUUGGAAUACAUCCAACGGGAGGGACUCCGGGACCCCAUAAUCUUCAAGAAAGCAGAUGGUCUUGGCAUAGAAAUGCCUGACCCUGACUUUAGUGUCAGUGAUGUGAAAUUGUUUGUGGGCAGUCGCAGGAUGGUUGACGUGAUGGAUGUGACCACUCAAAAAGGCAUUGAGAUGUCAAUGGGGCAGUGGAGGAGAUACUACGAGACGCCGGCAUCUGAACGUGAAAAACUCUACAAUGUGAUCAGCCUGGAGUUCAGUCACACAAAACUUGAACAUCUAGUCAAGAGACCUACCUCGGUUGAUAUGAUUGACUGGGUGGACAACAUGUGGCCACGGCAUCUUAAAGAAAGACAGAGAGACUCCACCAAUGCGAUUAUAGACAUGCAGUACCCUAAAGUACAGAAGUAUUGUCUGAUGAGUGUCGAGGGAUGCUUCACAGAUUUCCACAUAGACUUUGGGGGCACAUCAGUCUGGUAUCACAUCCUCAGGGGAAGGAAGGUGUUCUGGUUGAUCCCGCCCACACCUCAGAACCUGGAGCUCUAUGAGAACUGGGUGUUGUCAGGGAAACAGGGUGACAUCUUCCUCGGCGAUAAAGUCACGAUGUGCCAACGGAUUGAACUGAAGCAAGGCUACACAUUCAUGAUCCCCUCAGGGUGGAUCCAUGCAGUUUACACUCCAAUGGAUACUCUGGUGUUUGGGGGAAACUUUCUGCACAGUUUUAACAUUCCCAUGCAGCUCAACAUUUACAACAUUGAGGACCGCACACGGGUGAGGACUCAAUCAAGCACUCGUUUAUUCUCUUUACAAACUUUUUCUCACUCUUUCUCACUGUUGUCCUCGCAGGUCCCUGCUAAGUUUCGCUAUCCUUUCUACUUUGAGAUGUGCUGGUACGUGUUGGAGCGUUACUUGUACUGUCUGACCAACACGUCUCACCUCACACCCGAGUUCCAGAAGCACUCGCUGGGCAUCGGGCUGAAGAAGGAAGAUGUGAUUAAACAAGGCUUUGACGGUCAAGAAGAAAACGUAGUGAAGGAGGAGAAGGAGGAGAUGGUGAAAGAGGAGCCGGAGGAAGAGGCAGCAUCUCCUCCUCGUCCAGGGGUGAAAGUUCACCUGACGCCCUUCGAGCUGGAAGGACUCUGGGAAUUACUGCACAAGUUGGAGGAGUUACCAGCACACAAGAAAUGUGUUCCAGCAGGCAUCAGAAACGCCCCAGCACUGCUCAGUGACAUUAGAAAUCUGCUAGAGGAACAUGCCAAUGAUGACCCCAAACUGUCUUACACUGGAAAACCAAUCGUCAAAUGGCCCAAAAGGCCCUCAUGGUAUGAGCCUCCGCCGCCGCCUCUGUCUCUGCUGUACCGCCCGCGCGCUCCCGGCUCAACCCCCAUCCUCCCGCCGGUUCCUCGACCCGUGAAGCCGUCUUCCUCCAUCUCGGCCCUGAGACGCAGACGCGUGCGCUGCAAACGCUGCGAGGCCUGUCUGCGCACCGAGUGCGGCGACUGCAACUACUGUAGGGACAUGAGGAAGUUUGGAGGACCAGGCAGACUCAAGAAGAGCUGUGUUCUCCGUCAGUGUCUUGCACCGGCGCUACCUCUUACUGCAGUGUGUGCCAUAUGUAAGGAAGGCUAUCAGGAGUCUGAAGACUCGGAGUCUGUCCAAACGCUCAUGGAAUGCUCCGAAUGCGCUCAGAUCACUCAUCCAGAAUGUAUAAAGGUGCCCGGUGAGGGUAUUAUUAAUAAGGACCUUCCCAGCUGUUGGGAAUGUCCAAAAUGUGUCCAGGGCAAGAAAACAGAGUCUUCCAGUAGUAGCGAGGAGGAGACGGACAGCAGCGUGUCCAACGGCAGUCGCCUGUCUGGUCCUCCAGCUAAGCGGGCAUACAGAGAGGGGAUCGGGGUGGGGGGUCUGCGUAGGGACCGCAGAAGUCGCCCGCCCCUCUCCCCCUCCUCCCUCCCUCUGACCCGCUCCAGACGACAGCCGCCUCCUUCCCAGAGACUCCUGCUGCAGCACCAGCAGAACAGGAGGAGAGCAGGAGCGCUGGAGUUACACCUCAGGAAAAGGAUAAAAUUAGAAAGGAACAAAAUCCUCCAGUCGACCCGUUCAUCUGUCUCUCUUUCUCCAAAGCUCCUGCGUCAGCGGAGUCUGGAGAGAGGGGGCGUAGUCAGACCGGGGCACGGUCGGAGCAUUUCCCGUGGCCGAGCGAUGCCCCCCUGUCGCGGAAGAGGGGUACGACUCCGAGGCGGUGGCCGAGGGGGAGGCCUGAGAGAACGAAUGGAGAUGGAGGUUGAAAGAGAUGACGCCGUAGAAGGGGAACAGGACGAGAGGAAAGAGAACGGACAGUACAACGGUAAAGAGAACCGUCCUCAGAGACGAGGGGGUAAAGCUGGUGAAGACGAGAACGGAGAAGGUCAUCGAAAUGGAGAGAGCGAGGGGAGCAGCGAGGGAGGUGAGCCGACUCCAUCUGACACUUCUGUGGUGCUAAAUGAUGAUGUCAGAGGCCAGGGGUCCUGCGUCACAGUGACAUUACAGCCAUCGAGGGGUCGGCGCGACCCUAGCGCCAUUGUUCCCAAACUGGAAGCCAACUUGUCUUCUAGAAGCCUUCCGCAAAAUCACAAAGCCCUGCUCCGUCCCCCGCUACGAAACGGCGCCCCUCGGUCAGACAGUCCUCAUUCGCCCGCCGACAGGUUGCACGUUAACAAAUCACAUGCCCUUUCAUCAUCGCCGCACACUCUGACCCGAAGCGCAUCCAAACACACACACACGGUGCGGAGUCUGAGAUCAAAUUUCAAAGAGGCCCCUCACCGGCUGACUCGAGAGAGGAUCGGGAAAAAGACUCGAUCGGAGAAGGCAAAAUCCUCAGACUCUUGUUCCAGCUCCACCUUGCGGCCCUCAGCGGAGCAGAACGGAGGGAACGAGCCGGGCUGGGAGAGAGAGGUUUGGGUAUCCGUGUUCCGAUACUUGACUCGGGCGGAGCUGUGUGUUUGCAUGGCUGUUUGCAAGAGUUGGUACAAAUGGGGCUGUGACAAGCGUUUAUGGACGCGGAUCAGUCUGAGCCGCUGCCGCUCUAUAAGUCCUCAAGCCCUCACGGGCAUCAUCAAACGGCAGCCUGUAACACUGGACCUCUCCUGGGCCAACAUCUGCAAGAAGCAGCUCAGCUGGCUCAUCAACCGCCUGCCAGGCCUUAAAGAUCUGGUGCUAUCAGGGUGUAAUUGGGCGUCAGUCUCAGCACUGAGCUCUCCAAGCUGUCCUUUACUACGCUCUUUAGACCUGAGCUGGGCGGACGGCGUCAAAGAUGCACAAAUCAGGGAGCUGCUGAACCCACCAGAAUUGGAGAAACUGGGCACCAAGACAAAUCUCACCGAUAGAUCCUCUGCAGAGAGUGGGGGUCGUCAAAACAAGGCCAAAGAGCUGAUAAAAACAUUAAUCGGUUUAAUGAAGAAAAGAACUCCUCUGUAUUGGACUGAGGGCAGUGACAACCGUUCCAAGAUGAAGAACAUGCAGUGCUUGUGGCUGUGCGGCCUGGAGGUGACCGAAGCCACGCUGAGGCUGAUCAUCAGACACAUGCCUCUGCUCACUCGUCUGGAGCUCUCUCACUGUCCCAUCACAGAUGGUGCUCUCAACCUCCUCAGCGCCGUGGGCUCCUCCACGCGCAACACACUCACACACCUCAACUUAGCAGGUUGCAGCCGUCUGACGGACCGGUGUCUGGUGUACCUGCGGCGCUUGUCCUGUCUCUCCGUGCUGGACCUGCGCGGCUGCAAAGGGGUCUCGCGGCAGGCGUGCGAAAGCUUUAUCUCCGAGCUGUCCGUCAAUGCCCUCUACUGCCUAUCAGAUGACAAGCUCAUCCAGAGGAUAUCGUAAAACCCGACCUCCUCAGGGAGAGAGACUUUGUGAAUAUUUGUGUGACUGAGAGGGAACUCUGCGUGCGUGUGUGUGUGUGUGUGUGUGAUGGCGUCUGUAGGGAAGCUCUCUGUUUGACAGAGACCGGGUUUUAAAUGUAUAGCGGCUAAAGAGGGAGGAGCUCAAAGCAUCCAGGGCGGGGCUUAUGUAUAAACAGGUCUGGGUGAUGAGUAUUCUUUUGUAGUUAUCUAUUUCCUUUUGUUCUGUGUACACACAAACACUGCAAUUGGCAAUCAGAUCGGUUCUCAGGCCUGUCAUGCCAUGGGCUCUUCUAUUAAAGAGAUCAACAGGUGCUAUUCCUUUACAGUUUGAUUUCUAUUUCAGAGCAGCUUUCUGUCUGCCUUUUUAAAAACCUUCGCUUCUACCGUCGAACGAUACUCUAAUCCACUGUCCAGACCUUGUCAUCUCGUCACAGGUCCGUUUAUCCUCAGUAGUGUGAAGGUUUUUUUUUUUUUUUGUUCUCCCACUCAUCCCCUAAAUGUCCUUUUACUUGAGGAGUACCUUUUUUGUUUUAAAUUCCUCUCCCUCCUUAAUACCUGAGAGUAUAGAGAUAUAUAAAUAUAUAAACACCUUUGUGUAAAUGUAUUCCUCUCCUGUAGUACGACAGAAAGAAAUCUGUAGCAUUAUAAUUAUUUUCGGAAGCUUUUUCACUUUUUUUUUUUUUUUUUUUUCAAGAAAAUAAAAAUGAUACAAAUGUGA